CCAAGUUUAGUAUUGUCUCUGCACUGACCAAUCUGUGAUGUUUAUGUCAUUUGAUUUGUACCCCAGACGAGGCCUCAACCCUCCACACAGAGUGAAGUCUAUCUCCAUGACAACUUUCACCCAACAGGAAAUCGAGUUCUUACAAAAACACAGCAAUGAGGUCUGCAAACACAUCUGGCUGGGGUUGUAUGAUGACAAGAGCUCCCAGAUUUCCGUGAACCUCAGAAAGUCAAAGAGUUUCUUCAGGAGAAAUAUGAGAAGAAAAGAUGGUAUGUUCCCCCAGAACAAGCCAAGGUGAUUUUAUGUGUG